AGGCCGUCCUCGCUGGCGUCGGCCCGCCCGGUGGGCCCCUGGGUGGGCGGCGAGGCCAGUCCGGCAUGCCCCGCUAUUAUGAGGACAAGCCCGAGGGCGGCGCGUGCUCGGGUGUGAAGGAGGACCUGGGCGCGUGCCUGCUGCAGUCGGCCUGCGUGCUGCAGGAAGGAAAGUCGCCUGGGCAGUGUUUGAAGGACGGCCACUGCCAAGCGUUGAAGUACUCCUUCUUUGAGUGUAAAAGAUCAAUGCUGGAAGACAGGUCAAGAUUCAGAGGAAGAAAAGGAUAUUGACAUCAUAAUGUUGAAGCCAAUGUGAAAACAGCAAAGGAUUUUUCUCUGAUCUUUAGCAUGGAGAAGGCAAAACAAGUGUAGUUUUUGCUACAUGUGUUUGUUAGUCUGGGUUUGCCCUCCAGGCACUGGAGGAAAGGGAUGAGCAAUUCUGUUUUUGAAUAUGCAUAAAGUGAUUCUUUUGAGCUAAGUUAUUUUUAGGAGAAUUGGAAUAGUUGCCGGAUGGGAGCACAAUCAAUGGGUUUUAUGAUUGGAAUCCAAGAAUGGGAAGACUGUUCAGUUCCAACCUGCCUUGUAAUAUGCGGCGUGUACAUGUAAAAGCCACUGAUGGGACCGAUACAGUCGAUGACAUGGAGCCUGACCAGAUGUUUGUUGGGAGAGUUUAGAGAAAAACUCUUUUUGUAUUCACUCUGUCCAACUUAGUUCUAAAAUAAAUUGUUUAAUUCCUGGAAACAGAAAUGCCGAAUUUGCACUGAUUUGCUAAAGUAACCACCUCAAUGCCUGAAUGUCUCCAGGGCCAUAAAUGGCUGCUGAGCAUUCCACAUGUUGCCAGGACUCUACUCACGCUGUCCUGCCCUAUGUGCUCAGCCGGUCAGCCCCAAAGGAAAGCAGUCACUUCCUGUGCCAGACUAACUAAUCAGAUCUUAAAGAACUCUGGCCUUUCCUCGAUCACCUGCCAUGGCACUAAAGGCCAGUCCUGCAGAAAAGGGGAUGGGGACGAGGGUCCCUCUCUCCAGACCACACUGGAAGGACAACCCCCUUCCCAAAGGGACAGGCAGCUCUGGCGUAAACAGCUGUACACUGUGCAAAGGUGGUUGAAGCUGUUUGCAAAUACAGUAAUUCAUUCUCAUCACUUCAUUGACAGCUGAAUAUGAAUCCAUGUUUCUGCUUUAAGUUUUGGCAUGUUAGAGUGGUGAAAAGUCACUACUGCUUUACACAGCUCAGUCCCUGGAGUUGCCAUGUAGUUGGUUUGCUUUUGGGGAGUUACCUACGACACGGUGGGAAUGGGGUGGGAUAGCACUGAGCCCUGCUUUGCAUCGGGAAGGGAGACAACUUGUGCACCUGUGUCAGUGCUGUAACCUUUAUUAAAAG